AAAAUGCUUGUCGCACUGGGGGACGCCAUUUUGUUAAAUCACGACUAAGUGACAAUAUUCUUUUUACUAUAAAAUGGUACAAUCAUUUUCAUUCGUUGUUUAUUAGCUAGUUUUUUUUAGAUAAAUUUAAUUUUCGUGUUAUUGAAAGAAAAAUAUCCCCAUCUGGUGGUUUCACAAGCUGCACAUGUCAAAGAUCAAACUGAUAUCUCUGAAACCAAAAUGGCGGAAGCGAGUAGUGUAGGAAGUAGUCCGAGCUCUGUUCAAAGCCUAGACACGAAAAUAACAAGAGACGACCUCGCUGACGGGCUUUUAGAUUUACUGAGGCCUGCUGUUUUAGAAGUAGAUGAUCAAGUUAAGCGAGUUAGAGAAAGUCAAGUGGAAUUACGACAACAAAUUGAUGGACUUGCUGAAGAAUUAAAAAAACUUUCGGAAGAGCAGCCGUUACCUGUGGAAUUAGAUGCCUAUGUCAAAAAAUUAAUGAACUCAAGAAGACGAAUAAUGGUCGUGAAUAACAUACUACAAAAUGCACAGGAACGUCUCGGUAAACUACAUUAUAAUGUAUCUAGAGAGACAGCUCGCAGGAAAGCGUUAUUAGAACCGCCCUCCGCAGGACCCAUCCAGUGAACAUAGACUCGCUUGCAGAAGAUCAAUAGUAAGUUACCAACAGCCGUAUCGCAAAAGAGGUCCGCAGUGCUUUCAUUGAAAGGAAUACCAGACACUAGAGAUUUUAUUCCAACUAUAGGUCCUUAUUCCAGCAUGUGACACCCCUAUUUUACAAUGGAGUCUUCUGAUGGGAUAAACUGUUUGACAUUAGGAAGCUAAAUAUUUAUUAUGAACUUAAAACUUUUGGAACAUUGAUCAACUUUGGGGUUAUUGAACCAUAUUUCUCAUUUUUGAGAAUACCGGGUACAUUGUUUUUCAUUGAGAAAACAGAAUCUUGCUUUUAAUAUAAAUUGAGACAUGGUAUAUAUAAACCAUUUUACGAGAGACAAAUGUUCCUGUCAGUCAGAGAAAAUCUUAACAUCUUGUAGUGGACAUUUCACUAGGGUUCUGUAGACCAGAAAGUCACAGUGACCUCCCCCAGCAGUAAACAACCUCACUCAGCUUGAUCUUGGAGGGAUUCCACUGUUGAUCACACAACAAUAACAACACACACUAAAAACGCAAAGGCUCAUGAAUAGACGCUUGUUUGUAAACACUAACACGCUAUGGCCAUCUGACGCAUGCGCAGAUGAGGACUCCCCUGCUUUAAUUUAGCUUCUCACUCAAUUCUAUGAAUUAUAAAAAUAAGUAGAAUAGUCAUAAAAGGCGGUGGUUGGAACGACUGUGUGCAUUUGAGUGCAUUUACAUUUUGUGUAAAUAAACACAACAUUUUGACCCAAA